AUGUUCAUCGAAAGGGGGAAACCAGAAGAAAUCCCCAAAGGGGCCAUUCGUCUCACGAGAGAUGAGGUCCAAGAGUACAUGACCGACCUGAUACGCAAAUGGCCAAAUACGAUGGAAUUAUGGGCGCUAAAACAUGGUAAUCCAAUUCUAUCGUCAGCCGUUGUGUUAUCGAGUUCGGUCAUUUUAAAUUUUUACCGCAAAAAACUACAACUAAGGAAUUAUGGACGUUUUACUUUGUUCUUGCCAAUUGUUCUUGCCCCGUCAAUUUUCAAUCAAAUCUAUCAAAACACAGUGACUACUAAAUCAAUAAUUUUACAAGAAGAUUGUCCUAUUUGCAUCAAUACACAAUCAAUGUUCAUACAAGUAGGCACAGGAAUUGUUUAUCCUCUGAUGAGCACAAUUGGUGGAACUUAUAUGUUUGCCAGCAAAAUGAGUACUUUUAGUUUGAAAUCUAAAGGACCUGACAUUGUUAAAGAAUUUGCUUUGCAUGUAAUGAAAAUAAGUCGUCCACUAUACAACAGACUUACUGCAUUUGUCAUUGGUCAUGUAUUAUUAAGUUAUAUGAUAAGUCAUUACCAAAUGGAUAAUUUUGAAUUUUUAAGGAUUAAAAUGUUACAACAACAAAAUGAAGAAAUAGAAAUAUUACGUCUAAGUGAAAAAAAUCAGUUAUAA